AUGAAGGAUCAUCUAGUCGAUGACGCAGAAGCUGAAAUGCUUCGUUUCAGGAGGUCCGCCUUUUCUGCGGUCACAAUUUCUACGGUUACUAUUCUCGGUUGCAUCAUCUUAAUUCCUUUGGCCUACCAAAAUGUGCAGAAGCUGCACAGUAGUCUUCUGAACGACGCACAUUUCUGCAAGAGUCGAAAUCGUGAUCUUUGGGGAGAAGUUGUGACUGUAUCACUCGGAAAAGGUCACUCCGAAACUGCCGAACGACUAAAGAGACAGGCAGGCGAACAGCCAACUGGCCGCUGGCUGUUUGGUCACUUCAUUACGACUAAUUCGAACCGUGAACGACGACAAGGAAAAUACCAAGAAAACGGUGCUGGUGCUCCAGUACCUGAGGCUGGCAGCAGUUAUCAAGCACCAACAGGAGCUGGAAAUGCCGGAGAAGAUUGCUGCGGUUGCCAAACAGGCCCACCAGGACCUCCCGGAGAUGCAGGAGCGGACGGCGAUGACGGCAAGGACGGCAACCCAGGAACCGAUGGCGCACCAGGGCAGGAUGCAUCGGACAGCUAUGCUGAAGGACAAGCUGCUCCUUGCGUUCGGGAGUGUCCAACUGGGCCCCCUGGAGCUCCAGGAUCACCCGGAGAGAAAGGACCUCGUGGUUAUCCAGGGGAGACCGGAGAGCCAGGAACACCAGGAAAACCUGGAGAGAAAGGACCUGCAGGAAAACCCGGCCCACCUGGACCACCUGGAUAUCCCGGACGACCUGGAGAGAAGGGAGAGAACGGGAAAAGCAUUCCUGGAGAGGCACCAGCUGGACCACCUGGAAGACCAGGAGAAACAGGUCUACCUGGACCACCUGGACCUCCUGGAGCAAAAGGAAAAACUGGAGAGCCCGGCCCACCAGGUCCACAAGGAGAUCAAGGAAAUCCUGGAUCAUACGGUAAGCCCGGUGCUCCUGGACCACCUGGACCUGAUGGAAACCCCGGCGAAAAAGGAAGCUGCGAACACUGUCCCCCACCUAGGACUCCUCCUGGAUACUAA